AUGGGCACAGCCAUUGGAGUGGAUGAAGGAGCUAAAGUCGGACAACAUACGUAUAGUGCUCCUGGCACCUCUAUGGCUUAUUUUGCAUUGCUGUGUCCAAGAGAGUGUCGAGGUAAGGGACGCGCAAAAAUGAAUUUAGAGUUCUUCCCGUUUCUUCAGAUAGCUUUUGAGCCUGCUUUUCACUGA